GAGCCCCUUGGGCCAGCUGCGGGCAGGGCAGCCAUGCCGGGGGGACAGGUGCUGCUCCUGCUUGCGGGGCUUGCAGGCGCUGCAGGAAAGGGGCCGCAGUGGGACCUGGGUGGGAGGGAUGCCUUGGUCAUCACAGUGUCCAACGGAGGACCCUGGGGAGACUGGGCCUGGCCAGAGAUGUGCCCCAAGGGCUUCUACGCCAGCGGCGUCAGCUUUAAGGUAGAGGCGCCCCAGGGGGUGAUGAAAGACGACACGGCGCUCAACGGGAUUCGGCUGCACUGCUCCCGCGAUGGGGACCCCAGUGGCGGCUACACAGCCGAGUCGCAGAGUGGCAGAUGGGGCCAGUGGUCGGAAGCCCAGUGGUGCCCCCACCGAGGGCGCCUGGUGGGCUUUGCGCUGCGGGUCCAGCCGCCCCAUGACGAGCUCCUGGGCGAUGAGGUGGCUGCCACCAGUGCCCGCUUCAUCUGCUCCGACGGACGCCUUCUGGAGGGGCCGGGGUCUGCCUGGGGCCAGUGGGGCAGCUGGAGCCCCCAGUGCCCCAGGGCAGUGUGUGGCAUCCAGACACGGCAGGAUCCUGCGUGGGGGCUGAAGAGGGAUGACACGGCCCUGAAUGACCUGCGUCUCUUCUGCUGCCCGUAACGAGCACUGCAGGGCACCUGAUCCUGUGACCCAACUCCACAGCAGAGCCUGUGCCCGGGAUUCCCUCUCCCAGGACCCCACAUCCAUCGGAACAUGCCUUAGCCCUGGUACCCUCAGGGAGCACCUUUCCCUCAUCCCUAUGGUUUCCCUCAUUGUACAAGCUCUGCUGCCAGCCCCCCAACACCUACUCCACUUCCCACAGAUGCUUCCAACCCCUUUCUGCCCCCACCCCAACUUCCAGACAUUCCCCGGUGUCUCCAGCACUGGCCCUGUCCCACCCCGAAAUGAGCUUUCAGUAAAAACGUGCACCCAGA